AUCUCGACUGCAACUUCCUUCACAGCCUCCAAAGAAGGAUCCUUUGCCAUCCUUAUCCCCGCGUCCUAAAUCCUAUCAUCCAAACCGGCUGGUCGGCGGAAACCGGAAGUGUGCACCAGGGACAGGUCCCCGCCGGAAGUAAUGGUUGCCCGGGAGAUACCUUCUCUCAGCAUGGCGGCGAUACCCCCAGACACUUGGCAGCCGCCCAACGUCUACCUGGAGACUAGCAUGGGGAUCAUUGUGCUGGAGCUGUACUGGAAGCACGCGCCAAAGACCUGCAAGAACUUUGCCGAGCUGGCUCGGCGGGGCUACUACAACGGCACCAAGUUCCACAGGAUCAUCAAGGAUUUCAUGAUCCAAGGUGGUGACCCGACAGGCACAGGUCGAGGUGGUGCAUCUAUUUAUGGCAAACAGUUUGAAGAUGAACUUCAUCCAGACCUGAAGUUCACUGGGGCUGGGAUUCUCGCAAUGGCCAAUGCAGGACCAGACACCAACGGCAGCCAGUUCUUUGUGACUCUGGCCCCCACGCAGUGGUUGGACGGCAAGCACACCAUUUUUGGUCGAGUGUGCCAGGGUAUAGGGAUGGUGAACCGCGUGGGCAUGGUGGAGACAAACUCCCAGGACCGUCCUGUGGAUGACGUGAAGAUCCUCAAGGCCUACCCUUCUGGGUAGAUGGGCUGCUGUCUCCAGUAGGCUCAGGUCCCAGUGAGCUGUUUUCUGGAUGACGGAGUGCCGUGUGAUUCAGCAUCAUGCAUACCUACUCUGAAACAGAGGGUCGUCUCUGGGGACAUUUGUAUUCUGGCCAACAGUCACAGACUUGAAAAGCAGGCUGCAUAGCCCUGCUCAGCCUCCAGCCUGAGCUCUUCCAGGAAUAUGCACAGUGUUCUCUCUCUCUCUCUCUCUCUCUCUCUCUCUCUCUCUCUCUCUCUCUCCCUCUCUCCCCUCUGGGCCUGAGUACCGAUACUGCUGCUUCUGACACUAAACAUCCCACGCAAAGCCAUAUUGAAUCGUUGCCAAAUGAAAAAUGCAUCCAACAAUCAAGUUGCUAAGAAGGUGUCAAGUGGGGGUGAUAGUGUGUAAUGAUUGGGCAAUGAAUCUCCGGGAGGAAGCAGAAGCGUUGGCCAUUUUUCCCCCGGGAGGGAGUGAGACUCUAGUGAGCACAGGGCCAGGCCUUCACAGGCCUCCCCACAGGAAGUGACAUGUUCUAGGUCUUUAGAAAAAAUAGAUAAAAGGUUUUUAUGCAUGAUGUCUUUGGCUUUUUUUUUUUUUUUUUUUUUUUUUUUUUUUUUUUUUCUCUUUGGAUUUGAAGGGGUUGGGGUAAGAAGGAUGUUAAUACCUAUGAAAUACAUAGAAACUUUGAGAAUAAAACACCAUUGGUGGUUGAAAUCA